AUGUUAUACCAUGCCAACAAAAAUAAUCCUGUUAGAGUUACUCUGUCAAAUUCUGUAUCACCAACAACAGCAGUUACAACCAUGUUGCCAACAGUUGAUCUAAUUCCUAGAUCAACAAAUUCAAGUGAUAAUGUACCAAUAAUGACAUAUAAUUCAUCACCAGUUACACUACCGUCUGGUCAAACAAUAAUCCCACCAAUUACAUCAGCGCAAGUAUUACCUACGAUAAUAUCAACAAAUAAAAAUGAUGACAAGAAUUUAUGGCUGCUUACGUGUUUAAGAGAGCGUUCACGACAGCAUCGAGAAAAACCAUUGACCAUUGGAUUUCAGAUUCCGUUUAAAGGUUGCCUAUCAUAA